CAUUAAAAGUCAAGGAUUGGGGCCCAAGACAGGACAUGAAAGUCAGAAAGUGGCUCCCUCUUCUUCUCUCUCAUCCCCAUGUGAUCUGACGACGCUGUGACUCUCACAACACAACAACUAUGUCUCUCUGCCAACUUUCAUUCACCUCAACACCUUCUUCCUCCCUCUCUCUAUACAUCUUGAGAAGAUAAGCGAUAGUACUUUCAACCCACCAUGCCAUCAUUUUCCUCUUGUUGGUUCUUCACAACACUUCUAUGUUUCUUCUUAGAUACUGCUUUUGCUGGUGACCCUUUUGUUUACUUUGAUUGGACUGUUUCCUACACCACAGUGUCCCCACUUGGAGUCAAACAACAGGUAAUUGGGAUCAAUAAGCAAUUUCCAGGACCAAUUCUAAAUGUCACAACAAACUGGAAUGUGGUUGUUAAUGUGAAGAAUGAUCUUGAUGAGCCCUUACUUCUGACAUGGAACGGUGUACAGCAUAGGAAAGACACAUGGCAAGAUGGAGUUUCGGGAACCAAUUGUCCGAUUCCGGCUGGCUGGAAUUGGACAUACGAGUUUCAAGUUAAAGAUCAGAUAGGGAGUUUUUUCUACUUCCCUUCGCUAAAUUUCCAGAGGGCUUCGGGUGGAUACGGAGGAAUUAUCAUAAACAAUCGAGCAGUUAUUCCUGUUCCCUUUGGAUUGCCAGAUGGUGAUGUUACGAUAUUUCUGAGUGACUGGUACACCAAGAGUCAUAAGGAUCUCAGGAAGGACGUGGAAAACGGCGUUGAUCUUGGAAUUCCUGACGGUGUUCUUAUCAACGGACUGGGUCCUUAUCGCUAUGACGACACACUCGUCCCAAAUGGCAUUUCUUACCAGAUAAUAAACGUGGAACCUGGGAAAACAUACCGCAUACGGGUUCACAAUGUCGGCAUCUCAACAAGCUUGAAUUUUAGGAUACAAAAUCACAACUUGCUUCUUGUGGAGACCGAAGGAUCAUACACAGUUCAGCAAAACUACACAAACAUGGAUAUUCAUGUUGGCCAGUCAUAUUCAUUCUUGGUUACAAUGGAUCAAAAUGCGAGCACUGAUUACUAUAUUGUCGCGAGUCCUCGGUUUGUUAAUUCAUCAUGGGCUAAAGCUACCGGAGUUUCCAUUUUGCACUAUUCCAAUUCUCAGGGUCCUGCUUCAGGUCCUCUUCCUAGUCUUUCUGAUCAAGACAAUCCUUCUUUCUCUAUCAAUCAAGCAAGAUCUAUAAGGUGGAACGUGUCUGCUGGUGCUGCACGUCCAAACCCGCAAGGUUCCUUCAAAUACGGCGACAUUACUGUCACAGAUGUAUAUGUUAUUCUCAAUAGACCUCCCGAGCUUAUAAAUGGAAAGUGGCGAACUACCCUUAACGGUAUAUCAUAUUUACCACCUUCAACUCCCUUGACGCUUGCGCAACAAUUUAAAAUUCUCGGAGUGUACAAGCUUGAUUUUCCAAAUAGAUUCAUGAACAGGCCUUCUAAGGUUGAUGUUUCACUCAUUAAUGGAACUUACAGAGGUUUUAUGGAAAUAAUCUUUCAAAACAAUGACACCACGGUUCAGACAUACCAUUUGGAUGGCUAUGCUUUUUUUGUUGUCGGCAUGGAUUUCGGAGUAUGGACUGAAAAUAGCAGAAAUACUUAUAAUAAGUGGGAUGGCGUGGCGCGAUGUACAACACAGGUCUUUCCCGGGGCAUGGACAGCCAUUUUAGUAUCUCUUGACAACGCUGGCAUUUGGAACCUUCGUGCGGAGAAUCUCAACUCUUGGUAUCUGGGCCAAGAAGUCUAUCUACAAGUUGUAAACCCGGAGAAUGAUAGUAACGAGAAUAUUUUGCCAGAUAAUGCAAUAUAUUGUGGCCUACUAUCCUCCCUGCAAAGGGAGCAGUCUCACAAAUUCCAGUUCUCUAUAGGAUCAUCACCUUUAAGCAGUAAUUCUAGAAUGAUAUUAUUCAUGUUAUUGUUCCUAGCUCUAAUUGAAAGUUUGUAUGGAAUGUGUAGUUUAGAAUAUUAGUGGCAUCUAAAACAAGGUACCAAAUUUAAGAUUUAGAUGGGCAUUGUCAUUGAAAAGGAAAUUUUGUGUCUAUAACAUGUUGCACAAGCUUUAUAUAGAUGUAUUCAUAACCUGUAAAACUAGAAGAGUACAUUGUUUUGAAGUUUCUUCAUCCCUCUGGAUGCUUUAUUUAUAACUACAGGAGCUGAAUCUGAUAUAUAUUUGAUAUCUA